GAACUAUAUGAUUGGUUCCCAGCAUGAAGCGCAUAAACCAGUCUACGGUCUGGCUGAACGCUGCCCUGAACUACUGUUCGGACUGUCUUGGAAUAAUAUGCGGAUAUUUAAAUGGCUGUCAUUGGUUUCUGUGCCUGGCAACCAGAAUGGGAGAUACUCCGUUAGCGGGCACGUCAGCUCCAUGGACGUGGAACGGGAGAAACGUCAGGAUGGAAACUCUCACGACAGGAGUGGCAAACGAGGCGUGAUUUAUAAGUUUGCCAGAAAAUGGCCAAACAAAGUGAUACCUUUCGAAAUAUCCCCGAGCGUCUUUUCGGCGCGAGAAGUACGUGCGAUAUACGAAUCAAUGGACAACUGGGAAAGAAUCACGUGUGUCCGGUUCCGACAAGCGACAGAUGAGGAUCGGCACAGAAUUAAAUUUACCGCUGGCGGUAAAACCUGUCGCUCCUCUAUUGGCAUGUCACGCGCCAGGCAACAGGGUAUUUUCUUGAAACCCGACUGUAGACGGACGCCACUGAUAACACACGAGCUGGGUCAUGUCCUGGGUUUUCGUCACGAACACAACCGACCGGACAGAGACGAAUAUAUCCGAAUUGCCUUCGAGAACAUGAAGUUAGCAAACGGUUUUAAGAGGUAUUUCCGGAAACUGUCGAGUCACUUCUCAAAGACUUACGGAACUCCAUACGACUAUAAGAGCAUUAUGCACUAUCACGCCCAGACGUAUGGACGACCAGGCCAUGACGUCAUCAUCACCAAGGACUCGGCGUUCCACGAACAAAUAGGUUAUUUCAAUGCUAAGACGCCUAGCUUCCUGGACGCGAAAGUGGCCAAUCGCAGAUACCAGUGUUCAGAACUUUGUCCGAACCGACACGAGACGUGUCCCGGAGAGGGGUUUGUGGGACCAGACUGCAAGUGUUGGUGUCCCGGAGACCUAGAUAGUGUUCACGUCAGGUACUGUGACGGAGGUGACCUUCCCAGACCUUGGCAUUCAGCCAACAGUGAGUGCGUUGACAGCCACGCACUGUGCUGUAUAAUGCUGGGGAGAGACCUGUGCGUGUCCGCCGCGUUUCGGAACAAGUGUCAGAGAACCUGCCGUGUCUGCUGAUCUCGACGUUGUUAAAGGCGAGAUGUCAGUCAGUCAGAAGAGACAAAACCUUUUUCACACCAAACCAGCCGAGCUGAUCUCUACUAAACACACCAAAGACUUUCCAGCUUGUAUCAGUGCAGUACCUACCAACAGGUGCUCCCGAAGUUUGAUGCGACUCACUUCGUUUGGACUGAAUAUUUAACUGAAUAUUCUUUACACUGUCAAUUGUAAUAUAGUGUAUGAAAAUAAAGUGUUAUGUAGUGAAAA